GAUCAUAAAAAAAUUGGUAUUUACCGCUGGUUACUAGAUACUUUGGCUCAUAUUUCAUGUCAUUGUUGUUGACAUGCUGUGGUUCUUCGGUCGGUGAAGUGAUAUUAAGAUUUCUGUUUUUAUUAUCAAUAUUUCCUUAUUUGUUGCUUUGAAUAAGAAAUUGGUAAAUUAUAAAGAAAAGUAAGAGUAUUUGAUAGGCCCUGAACAUGUCAUUAAUUAAAGAAGUGCUUUCAAUGCAAUUUUUGAACAAUUGAAGUCAAGACUUUAUACGUAAGAACGUCAAUACAGAAAUUAAAGAUAGCGUACAAGCUGGGUGUCACCAUCAAUGGAUAUUUCAUCAAAUGCAAAACAAAAUGAUAACAGUUAUAGUGAAGAAAAUAUUUCAAAAGAUCCUGUGUUUGAAGUGUUAAAUCCAGGUGAUUUUGAUGAUAUUGAGGGAGUUCAAUUACCUAAAUCUGAUGGCAGUAGUCUAAGUAGCUACACAGAGGUUGAUUCACUGCCUCAAUCCCCUGGUGUUGAAAUGACAAUGGCACAUUCAGAUAUGAAAAAAUUAUUACAUGAAGCUGGGAAAGAAAGUGGAGAGAGUUCUUUUGAGGACAACUGCUCAUUGUUUGGAAGCAAAAAUGAGAAAAUGGUUCAACGGGAUAUUCAAUCUAGAAGUGUUGUUGUCGAAGAAAAGCAAUUUCAUGAUGGAAUUAAGUUGGUAAACAACGAAAAUUCUCACAAUGAGGACAAAGAAGUUGCACCUGAAAGUUCAGCAGAAAUAAUUGAAAGUAAAUCAGAUGAGAUUAAAGAAACACCUGCACAAGAUGAGGAAAUUUCAACAGAUUCAUGCAGCUUUAUUGAUGAGAAAAAUGCAACAUUAUUUCAUGAGAUCAGCUAUCUUGGUUCAACUUCAGUGAAUGCUCCAGUUAGUGACAUUGAACUUAAGCGUACCAUGGCUAUACUCAAGCAGCAAAGUACUGUUGCAAUGGACAUUGUUUUGUCUGUCAGUGCAUUAUUUGAUGGAGUUGUCAAAUUUUUUGAUCCAAAAAACCAAACAGUCAUUGCAACAUAUCAUAUGCAAAAAAUUUUGUUCUGUGGUCGCGGUGAUGAAAAUGGUACAGAGAAAGACUGCUUUGCUUUCAAUAUCUGUCAUGGUAGUUCAGAUGUAUUUCAUUGUCAUGUCUUUCGUUGUCUUGGAAAUGCAAAUCCACCAAAUAUUCUAGCAAGAUUUGCACAAUCUUUUAACAACAAGAAAAAGCUACCAUCUGGAUUGGUCUAUAAAUUUGAUCUUGUCUUUGACAUUCUGGAAGAUGAUGGUAAAGGAUCGUAUUUAUCUGUACCUCGAGAUAAAACUUGUUUUAAGCUCCGUCGUGGUGUUCACAAACAAGUUCACAUUCAGCUCAACCAGUUGUCUAAUCGAUUACUAAUAAUGGAAAGGUGUUUUGGUGUUUUAAUUUGUCCUGGUCGAAACGUAACUCAGUCUGAUAUGAACUUACUGGAAAAAGUUUCCAUGGAAAGCACCGACAAUGGCCGUACAUAUCUUGUCUCGGGAAUCUGGGACCCAGAAAGAGAGGAUACUUUAGUGUUGAACACCGAGACAAAGAAAAUUGUACAAAUGACUGUAGCUGUUGAUUUUGUGGUAUCAGGCAUCAGUGAACCUGUCCGCUUUCUUAAAGAGCUUGGUAUUAAAGUCUUUCCAUCCAAUGAAAGGUUCUGGAAUCCAAGUCGUCCAAAGAUUAAAGAACAGUAUACUCUUGAACUUAAAAUGGCAAAAGGUGAUAGGGAAAGUGAGAAAUCUUAUGAAGUUUUGAGUCUUAAAUGCUCAACGCAACACGAGAUCAAAGAAAUAUUAACAUCUCAUCCAGAUGGUGACGUAGACGAUGAUGACGAUGCUACUGAUGAACCAUUAAUGUCAGGAUCUGGUGAAGUUCUUCGUGAAUGUUCAUCUGAACAAUUAGAUAGUUGGUCUGAAAUAAUGACAAAAUGGAGAGAUGUUAAAAAUCGUCCGAAACACUUAGAAAAACUUAUACGAAAACAGGGUGUUCCUGAGCCACUGAGAGCCAAAGUUUGGCAGAAUUUAGUGUGUCUGGAUGACACAAAUGAUCUUAUUGAGAUUUAUAAAGAUCUUAUACGAAGGGAAUCGCCGACUGAACAAGUUAUAAAGUGGGAUAUUCAUCGCACGUUUCCUGGGCACGAGUAUUUUCGAUCAAGUGAAGGUGAAGGUCAAGAAAACCUUGAGAAAAUUUGUCGGGCAUAUUCUGUAUAUGAUGAAGAAGUCGGUUAUUGUCAAGGAAUGUCAUAUCUUGCUGCUGUACUUUUACUUCAUCUUCCGGAGGAGCAAGCGUUUGGUGUUUUUGUCAAGAUUAUGUACAAUUACGGUCAUCGAGAAUUAUUUCUUAAUGGUUUUGAAAAACUUAACGAGAGAUUCUUUGUUUUGAAAAAAAUUGUCGAGGAAUUUUUACCUGAUCUUUACAGUCAUUUUGUUGAGAAUAAAAUAGAACCUCAUAUGUUCGGUUCACAAUGGUUUUUAACACUGUUUACUGCUAAAUUUCCUCUUUCCUUGGUUUACCGUGUUAUCGACUUAUAUCUGAGUGAGGGUCAACAGUGCAUUUAUCAAAUUGCGACGGCUCUAUUGAAGGUUGCCAAGAAAGACUUGCUACAGCUCAGUUUUGAAGGAAUGUUGAAGUACUUUCGCGUGUCACUUCCCAAGAGAUUUAUCAGCGAGGAUGAACAAAGUAUCUUUAUAAAUGUGACUCUUUCCUACAAAUGUUGUAAAAAGUUGAAAAGGUACGAAGAAUUGUAUGAAUUGAAGAAAGAAAGAGAAAAUGAGAACCCAGUGGAGAGACUGAAGCGUGAGAAUAAACAGCUGAUGCUUGCGAAUAUCAGACUUGAACAUGAAAACGAUUCUCUUGCACAUGAGCUUGUUUCAAAUAAGAUUUCGCUUCGAGAAAAGUUGGAUAAGGCUGAAGAACGUGCGGACGAUUAUCUUCGAGAAAUGGAAAUUUUGCAAAAGAAAAUUCCAGAACUUGAAGACGAAAACGAGAAACUUCGUGCAGAGAACAUUCGUGUGAAGGAUUUAUUGCGUAAGAAUGACGAUGAAAGCGUGGCUACAAAAUUACGAUAUGAGUCUGUUAUUGAGGAGUACAAGAAGAUAUGCUCAAAUCUGGACGAGCGCAGCGAAGAACUGAAGUCAAAUUUAGAGCAAGAACUGCGUGAAAUCUUGAAAAGAAUCAGUUCGUGUACGAACUGUUCAGAAAUAUUCACGGACAACGACGAUACAUUGUCAGGUAAGAAGUUUAAGUCAAGUGUAAAGAUAGUGGACGCUGACCAGCGCAUGAAAGAACUGGAACUAGAGUUAGCGCAGACUAAAUUAUCAUUGGUCGAAGCUGAAUGUAACGUGCAAGAUCUUGAACAUCGUCUGUCGAACUUCAUGUCAGCGGUAGCAGCUGAAGAAAGCAAGCCGUGGUUUAGAAGGUCUAAGGUAGGCACACCUUCAAGAAAAUAAUCUUGUGGUUGAGGAGAGAUUGAAGAACAACUAUGAACAUGGGAUGAUAAUUGUGUAUAUUGGUGGUAUUUAUUAUCCAAUGGUUCAUCUAAGAAAAACACAAACUGUACAGUAAAGUAUACAUUAAGUUAUUUAAUCUAAUGACAUGAUUUAGGGUGAAAUAUACAGGUCGCACUCUCGUUUAGCUUUGAUCAUUACAUGUAAAAAUCUUUACUGAAAUCAAUCUUCUUCUAUCGAAAGUCUCGAUUUCAAAGCCCUAAUAUCAUUCAAUAUUAUAACAUGGUUUUGGAAACAAGAUUUUUGAUGUCUUAUACUCAAUAAAAUGAUUUCAUAAAGA